AUGAAUCAUUUAGUAGGUAUUAUAUUUACUACAUAUGGUUUUAAGCCGAAAAGUUUUAUAAUUGAAACUAAAGUCGUUUUAAAAGACAUGGCGUGUUACAAAAAACUAUUUUAAAAUUAUGAUGUAGAUUAUUAUGAAUUAUGCUUUAUAAAGGUUUUAAAGUAUUCAAAAGUUGACGAAUAUUGCUUUGAUAAAGGGAAAUCACUAAAUUUUUAUGAUUUUCAGAACCCUGAGGCGGCUACAGUCACGACUUCGGAACCGGAUAAGAAAAAGAAGAAAAAGGAGAAAAAACCGAAAGAAGAAGAAGUGGUUGAUGCAAAUAAGGUAAGAUGGAUAGCUGGAAUAAUAUCCUUAUUAACUUACCUGAUUUACUGGCAUUUAUUGUCUUUGAUGUUGAGUAUGAGAUGGCUUAUAAUAUUAUAUGAUGUUUAGUUGUCAGAGUUCUCAAGGGUUUAUAAGCCGGUUCCAAUUUCAGAGCAGCAUAUGAAUAAUAUGAGGAGGGGGGGGGGGGCUUGUUUGACAAGUUUUUAAAGCGAAUUCAAACUGAAUGGUCUAAAUGGUACUCCUCAUUAUAACAAAAAUAAUAAAAAUUCGAAAUUCUAGCCAAAGACAGCGAAAGAUAUUCAAAGAGAAAUGAAUCAAUGGGCGAAGCGACAAGAGAAGGUCAAGUUGUCGUUCAACAAGGACACUGACGAACGACAACCAGUCCAGUCAGCUGUGAGUUAGGGGAGAAGAGUCGACAAUAACGGGCGUGGUAAAAUAAGAGAAUGGAUGUUACGGGAAAAAAUUUUUUGGCAGUACAAUUUUUUUAAAUGCGAAAAAUUUCAAAUAGAGUUGUAAAUUUUUUUAAAAUUAUUUUUUUUGUUUUACGGGGCUAAGCUUUUGGGGAAAAGUAAAUUUAUGUUGUAGUAGAGGUCUAUGGGACUAUAACUGCUGUUUUAAAAAUGUUUACAAGGUAAAUAUAAAGCUAUUAUUUGGGCUCUAAGAUGGCUUACUGAUUAGUUUUUUGUAGAUUUGAAAAUUUUAAAAGGUUUGAAAAGUUAUUUUUUCAAAAAAAAAUUUUUUGAUUUAUCCGUCCUAGUAAAAAAUGAGAAAACGCUUCUAAAGGUCUCGGCAAAACCGAAGCGAAAAACCUAAAUUUGAAUUAAUUACAGAAGGCUUGGGAAGCAGAAGACGAUGAGGAAGAUGAACAACUGGAGCAGAUUGCGAACUCCUAUUCUCGAAAUGGUAUCACUUUAGCUCAAGCAGCUUAAAAUUUGUGGUCUUGCCUUUACGGGUCGAUAUAUCGAUAUGACUUGCUUAGUGCGCUCGAUAUGACUUGCCUAAUGUGGUCGAAUUGAGAUAACAAUGGCUUAAUUAAGCCAUCUUCUCAUAUUUUUCACAAGACUUGGCUACAUUGGCCGAAGCUAUAAAGUUGAAGUCGUCGAAGUUUCGUUGAAUACCUAUAACAAGUUUUUCACGAUUAAUCAUCUUAUGCCUGUAAUCGUAUCACGAAACUGAACUUGCCUUUAUUCCAGACCAAAACCCAACCCAAAAGUUUGACAUAAACGACUUUUUGGACCGGAGUCUGAUCGCCUGCCUUCUCUGCCAGCGCCAGUUUAAAAGUCUCGAUGUGCUGGACAAGCAUUGUCAGAAGAGCGAUUUGCAUAAGGUGAGGGGUGUUAUUAUUGUUUAUGGUAGAUGAAUUUAAAAUGUUCUCAUCGUAUUUUACAAAAAAAAUUAUAAAUAACUGACAUGUUCACUAGUUUUGGGUGGCGCAUUUUUUUAUGAUAAGUAGGGGGACGUCGCUACGAAUUUUCUCUGGGGCGGGGAGGUCGAAAAAAUUUUUUGGACCCCCAGGUAACGACGUCCCUGAUAAGCAGGUAUGGGCGAGUAAAAAAUGUUUUGCAAAUUUUGAGUUAAAAAAUUUUUUUGGUGUUGACAUGGGUGAUCUAUGUGUCAUUUUAACCUCUAUUUGAUUACAGACCAAUGUCCAAAACAAAAUGAAAGAAAUGGGCAUAAAACCGGCGAUCAGCGCUAGCAGUACCGGCUUCAGCAUAGACGUCGAAGCUCCAUCUGCUUCGUCGUACCGAGACCGUGCCAAAGAACGGCGACAACUCUACGGAAUUGAUCCGGGUAAGGCAAUUAUAUCGAUUUAUAUUUUUUAUAUUGUACGCUCUGAUGUAAAACACGAAUGCCGCUUCUUGAUCAUUAUAAUAUUUUUCAGGUCUAGACGAGCUGGUUGGUCAACAAUCUGACGUGAAUAUUGCGGAAGAAGCGGCUCAAAAAGCGAUACGACCGCUUGAUCACAGCAACAUUGGCAACAAGUUGCUUAAAAACAUGGGAUGGCAAGAAGGCACUGGACUGGGAAGGCAACAACAGGGUAAAUAUUGUUUUUUUGGAUCUUGGAAACAAAGUUUUUGCUAUUUUUUGUUUCGUAAAGAAAGUUUAUGUCAUUUUAAGUUUUGUAAAAAAAGUUUUUGCUGAUUUUUAAAGAAAUCUUGCUAUUUUUGGUUUGUAAAGAAAGUUUUUGUUAUUUCGUGUCUUGUAAAGAAAGUUCUUGUCCUAACAACUAUAACAACGUUAUUACAGGCAUAGUAAACCCAAUAGCGGCAGAACAACGAGUUCAAGGCGUGGGCUUAGGGGCAGCCGGCUCCAAAAUAGCCGGCUUGACAUGGAAGGAACGAGUAAAACAAUCGACGCUAGCACGAUAUCAAGACAUUCAAAACCGAGAACAAUAA